UCAACCAACGUGUGACGUUACCCUUUGCAAGGAUCUGUUGAUAUGGAUUCUGCUGGUUAACUGUUUGCUGGUAGCACUCACUGGCAACGUUGAGGCGUGGUUCAUUGUAGACAUUAUGACGUCGCGGGGAUUUGGCCGCCAAGCCGGUUCCAUUCUGGUGUCAAUAAUAGGCGCAUCAAACUUUCUUGGUAGAGUCACUGGAACUAUUGGGCGCUUUAAAUUACCUAAAAUCCCCACCAUAACGCACUGGAUAUACGUAUGUCCGGUGAUCGCGGUCGCCCACGCGCUAACCGCAAAUGUGCGGGACUACUACGGUAUCAUGGGCGCUUGCAUUCUGCAAGGUGUAUUCUUCGGCAUCACCAAUUCGCACACGCCGGCCCUCAUGUACGAGGCGGCUGGGCAUGCUCGAUACCCACAGGCCAUGAGUCUGGUCAACCUGAUGUACGGAUUUGGGAACGUGUUCAGCAAUAUCAUAGGCGGAGUAAUUCGCGACACACUCGGGGACUACACUCUGGUGUUCUAUAUCGCCGCGGGUGCCGCUGUGUACAUGGCGUUCACCAGUCUGGCCGCGACCUGCCUUAUACGGCGACGAGGAAAGGCUGCCUCCAUAGUGAAACACGUCGAGGAGAGCAUCACAUAUAAAAAAAAUUGAUAAACUUGAAUAUAAUAUUAUAUAACAUGUAAUACUAUUAUAAAAGACACGUUACCGUCGCCUUCUCAAUAAAGUGGCGAGAAAAGACUGUCAUUAUAGUAAAACACA